AUGCUUCUAAUGGUUUUGGUCGUCCCAAAACCAGCGAAGGCGUUCCCCCUUCCGGAAAACGAACUGGUUUCAGAUGACUCAUCGACUCAGUGCAAGUUCGGAUGUCAACCUGACUUCUUCUGUGAGGAUGGGAUGUGUGUGCCCGGACCUGAGGUCGAGACAGACGCGGAUGGAUGGUUCAUGUGCGAUUGGGACAGCGAACUCCCGCGAUGGUGCUCUCCAGGUCAAUCGUGUCUUUGGGGAGAUUGUGUGGCUUCGAAGAUGGAAUCCAAUUUCUUAUAA